AUGUCCUACGACAGCAAGAGCUCCUCCGCAGCCGCGGACGCAGAAGUGGGCGGCUGGUCGAGCCGCAAGCUCGGCGGCCGCUACGCCAGGCCCUACUCGCCUUCUGCCGGCGCAGGCGCAGGUGCCGCCGAAGAGACGACGAGGGCGGCGUCGCCCGCCGGCUCGGCCAGCUCCGGCUACGUCUCCUACCGUAGCUCGAUCGGCAACGGCGUCCGGUCCUACUCGCCGUUCCGCCCGCUGUCGCCGGCGCCACCGGCCUCCGCCCCCAACGAGGACGACUCCGGGGGCGGCUCCGAGAGUUCCAGCUCCAGCGGCAAGCCUUCGUCCAACCCCGCGAGAGGCGGCGGCUCCGGCGGUGGCCGCUACGAGUCGCAGCUGACUUCGCAGUACGGACGCAUCCGCCCCCUCGCGGCGCCAGUGAUAACGCCUCCAGCGAUGCCGCUGCCCUCCGUGGUGACUUCGAGGCAGGGCUCCUCUUCCCUGCCCCCGCUUCCCACCGGCAGAAACGGGUCGGACGCCGGCAGGUACUCUAGCCUGCCGCGGGGCAGUUCUCCCGCGGCGAACCAGCCCCUGUACCGCAGCCUCUACACCGGUCGCGGCGGCCUCUCCAGCUACCGUUCCGAGAGCGAGCCCGUCACGCCCAACGUGGUGAACGUGGGUGCCUCCAGGAUCGGGCCCUCGUCGUCCGCCGCGCCGUCGGACGACGAGUCGUCGGGUUCGCAGCGGGGCGGCUACAAGAGCGCUCGGGCCCAACCGGCGAGAGCGGAGGACUCGCCGAAGAGGGUGUACACCACCAGCUACGUGAGACAGAACGCCCGUUCGCCCUCCGCCCACGACCCGGACGAGAGGCGGAAGAAUCGGGACGGUGAAGGAGACGAGGAAGAAGUGGAGCCUCCGCCCGCAAACAAGGUGCAGGCCAUCAGCGCCAUGGUGCGCUUGAACGCGCGCGUGCCCUCGGCCAAGUCGAGCUACAGCGGCGACGACGGCGACGAGAUUCUCGUCGACGGCGUUCCCGUCAGGGUGAGGGAGAGUCGGAGCAGACACAGGAGGACGGCGGCGGUCGCGGCGCGGCGCCGGCCGGACGGGAGCUGA